AUGGCGGACAUGACGCCCGAGAUGGCUUUUCUGCAGUCGCUGCAGUCCGAUGCCGCCGCCGCCUUUGGCAAUGGCAGCGAGCCGCAACAGCACGACGAGCCCACGCAGGACGAACCGCCGCAGGCUGCGCCAGCCGAAGACGACGACGAGGAUUACGACCCGUCCGCCCUGAUGCCUGACACCUCCGCCUAUGACCCCAGUGCCGUCCCCGCUCCAGCUGAGUCCGCUCAGUCAACGUCCACGCCGACGCCGUCGCAGCCCGCCUCGCAGGCCCCGUCGCGCACCGCGUCGGCCGUACCCGACCAGAAGACCCAGGCCAAGCCGCCACGUACGAUGGGUGGGUUUGUCGUAGAUGACGAGGACGACGAGGACGAGUCCCCCGUCGCAAAAGCAGCUGGUGCUCAGGGAGUGAAGGUUUCUGCGCCGGGUUCUACGCAUACGCCAGAGCGUUCUGUUUCUCAGACUCCAGUCAAUGCACUUCCUUCAUCAUCAAAUGUACCAAUACAUAAAGCUGCACAAGAUCAGGGUGUUUCAGGUGUUUCCAAUGGCGCUCAAAGCGCACUUCCUCCUGCUGAUUCCGCUACGCCUGUCAAUCCCCAGCCCCAGACCCACGCGGCUGUGCAGCCGACUUCCAAGGCGCGUCUGCCGCAGGACCGCAUUGGCAUUCUUGAAGACAGGAUUCAGGAGGACCCACGCGGCGACUUGGACGCUUGGCUGAGCCUGAUCAACGAGUACAGGCGGCGUGACAAGCUCGAGGAAGCUCGUGCCGCCUACGCCCGCUUCUUCAAGGUUUUCCCGUACGCGGCCGAGCAAUGGGUGGCGUACGCGAACAUGGAGUUGCAGGCUAACAACUUCUACGCUGUCGAGCGCAUCUUCGAGCAAUCCCUCCUCCAAGUCCCCCAUGUUGAGCUAUGGUCUACUUAUCUUACUUACAUUCGGAGACGCAACAACCUGACAGCAGAUGCAACCGGCAGCGCUCGCCAAACCGUCUCCUUAGCGUACGACUUCGUCCUCCAGAACGUCGGCAUGGACAAGGACGCCGGCCAGCUUUGGCAGGAUUACGUCGAGUUCAUCGAAUCCGGCCCCGGAAAUGUUGGUGGAAGUACCUGGCAGGACCAGCAGAAGAUGGACCUGUUGCGCAAGGCCUACCAAAAGGCCAUUUGUGUCCCGACCGACGCAGUCACGGCACUCUGGAAGCAGUACGAUCGCUUUGAAAUGGGCUUGAACAAGGUUACCGGCCGCAAGUUCCUCCAAGAGAAGUCACCUGCCUACAUGACCGCACGUAGCUCUAUAGUUGCGUUGGAGAACAUUACCAAGGAUUUGAACAGGACGACUCUUGCAAAGCUGCCUCCUGCUCUUGGAUUUGAUGGUGACCUUGAGUACAUGAAGCAAGUCGACAUCUGGAAGAAGUGGAUUGCUUGGGAGAAGGAAGAUCCGUUGGUGCUGAAAGAGGAAGAUCCCGCUGCAUUCAAGGCCCGUGUAAUCUUCGUUUACAAGCAGGCAUUGAUGGCUCUCCGCUUCUGGCCUGAGAUGUGGUACGAUGCAGCUGAGUUUGCUUUCCAGAACGACCUGGAGUCAGAAGGCAAUGAUUUCCUUGCCAAGGGUUGUGAGGCCAACCCGGAGAGCUGUCUGCUUGCUUUUAAGCGCGCCGAUAGGAUCGAAAUGACGUCUGCAAACGAAGAGGGUGAGGACAGCCUCAUCCGCCGUGGCGAGCUUGUUCGCGAGCCGUACCAGAAGGCGCUGGAUGCUCUUUACGCUUUGAUAAACAAGACGAAGGCUCGCGAAACCGACAUGGUCAACCGCAUCAGGGAAAUGUUUGCGCAGCAAUUUGAAAAUAACGAGGAGGAACAAGCCGACGACGAUGACGAGGAUCAGGAGGGCAACAGCGCUGCCAAGGCCAAGGAAGCUGCUCUUCAGGCUCAAAUCGAGGCGAUUCAGAAGGGCAACGCUGCACAAGUCAAACUGCUCUCCAGGACUGUCUCAUUUGCGUGGAUCGCGCUGAUCAGGGCUAUGCGCCGGAUACAGGGCAAGGGUAAGCCUGGCGAGAAGAUCGGCGGCUUCCGCCAGGUAUUCGCAGACGCUCGCAAGGCUGGCCGCAUCACGAGUGAUGUGUACGUUGCUAGCGCCCUGAUCGAGCACCAUUGCUACAAUGAUCCCGCUGCGACGAAGAUCUUAGAACGCGGCAUGAAGCUGUUCCCCGAAGACGAGGAGUUCGCGUUGGAGUAUCUUAAGCAUCUCAUUGCGAAGAACGACAUCACCAACGCAAGAGCAGUCUUCAAGACGACGGUCAGCAGGCUCGCACAGAAGCCCGAGACUCUCCCGAAGGCCAAGCCGAUAUAUUCCUUCUUCCACGAAUAUGAGUCGCACUACGGCGAACUCAGUCAGAUCCAGGAGCUUGAGAAGCGCAUGGCAGAGCUUUUCCCAGAGGACCCUCAGCUCUCUCACUUCUCUCGCCGCUACUCUAAGCCCACCUUCGACCCUACUGCAAUCCGCCCCAUCAUCUCACCUCUUACGCAAGCUAAACCGAAGCCCCCGCCAGGUAUGGAGCAACCAGCACAAGUCACGCAGCCGGCAGCGCCUCUUCCACAGCAACAACCUGCCGCUUCAUCCGUGCCUCCUUCCGUGAUCGACUCUCCCCGCCCUCCGCCUGUUCAGGCUCGCGACUCACCCAAGCGUCCAUUCGUUCCCGAUGACUCAGACAACGAUUCAGCAGUGCAACCGCGCAAGAUUGCCCGUGGGGAAUCGCCACUCAAAGGCGCUGCCGGUCGACGUCUGGCUGCUCAGCAGGGCCGUGCUCUCGGCCGGGACGGUGCUAACAGCACACAAGCAGGAGGUGCCGGCGCUCAGCCUACGCCUCUGCCUCGCGACAUCACUUUCAUCCUCAGCAUCAUCCCGUCCGCCCAUUCUUACAAUUCUGUGCGGUUCUUCCCUGAACGGGUUGUUGAUGUGCUGCGCAACGUCCAGCUGCCGCAGACAUGGCCACCGCCGCAUAGGAUCGAGCCGCUCCGUCAGAUUCCUGGCGCUGGACAUCCGAUGGGCCAGAUGCCGAUGAACGGCCCCAACCCUUAUUUUCGCUAG